AAAUAACUAAAAAAAAUUAAAUAAAUAAAAUUAAUUAAAAUUAAUUAAAUAGUUGAAAAAAAUUAUUUGAGGUGUAAAUGUGAAGUGUGAAUUGUGAACUGUGAACGGGAAGUUACCCGAUGGAGGAGUUAAUUUGUGAGCUUAAAAUGUUUAAUUUUAAAAGGUUAAAAUUGAUCUCAAGUGCCGUUCCGAGGAUUUUUUUGUCGUCUUAUUUACUCUUUCGGCAGUCUGAUUUCACCCCUCACUCGCUCUGUUAUAACAUCAACUUCCAUCCUUCCGAUCGCACAAUUUCCCUUUUCAAUAAAUAUCCCAACCCUAACACGAGUUUACACUCUCAACACUCCACUUGUUAUUCUACUCCUGUACAACUCCGUAAUCCUAUGGCCCGUUAUGACUUGGUGGUUUUGGGCGGGGGUCCGGCUGGAAUGGCGGCGGCAAAGGAAGCCGCCAGGUUAGGCAAGAGGACAGUACUGUUUGACUACGUGACACCGUCACCCAGGGGUACGUCUUGGGGUGUUGGCGGUACCUGCGUCAACGUCGGGUGUAUCCCCAAGAAACUCAUGCACUACGCCAGCCUACUCAGGAGCACACAAUACGACAGGUUUCAAUAUGGGAUCACAAGCUCACCGGAUCAAGAACAGGUCAACUGGACCAAACUCACACAAACGAUCCAGAAUUAUGUGAAGAUGUUGAAUUUUUCGUAUCGUUCGGGUUUAACGACGGCUGGCGUGGAUUAUAUCAACGCCUACGGCACUCUUAAACAUAAUAAUACUGUAGAAUAUACUCACAAUAAUGAAACUAAGAGUGUGGUGGGUGAAAAGGUGAUAAUAGCGGUUGGUGAGAGGCCUUAUGUGCCGUCAGAUGUUCAAGGUGCUCUGGAAUACGCCAUCACCUCCGAUGAUCUCUUCAAACUCAAUACCUCCCCAGGCAAAACAUUGAUAGUUGGAGCGAGUUAUGUAGCAUUAGAAUGUGCCGGGUUCCUCACAGGCCUAGGAUUCGACGUGGAUGUAUCGGUCCGUAGUAUAUUAUUGAGAGGUUUUGACAGGCAGUGUGUGCGGAAGGUGGAGGAGCUUAUGGAAGCGUCCGGCGUCUCCUUUCUAUACCAGAAACUGCCAACCAAAAUUGAAAAAGUCAACCAACGCCUCAAAGUAACGUUUAGUGAUGGGAGUGUGAAUGAUUACGACACUGUACUAUAUGCCAUUGGACGCAUUCCACUACAAUACACUCAGAAUUUACGGGAGUUGGGUCUGGAGUUUGAUGGGAAUGGUAAUAUAAUAGCGCCUAACGAGGAGACUAAUAUAAAAAAUGUGUACGCUGUUGGCGACAUUGUGUCAAAAGUGCCCAAACUCGCGCCCGUAGCAAUUAAAUCCUCAGAGUUACUCAUUCAGCGACUUUACUCCAAUACAAACACAAAAAUGAACUAUGAGAAUGUGCCGAAAUGUGUUUAUACGCCCUUUGAAUAUUCCUCGUGCGGUCUCACCGAAGAAGAAGCCAUUGAGCGUUUUGGUGAGGAGAACCUGGAAAUCUACCUCAAGGAAUACAACAACUUAGAAAUCUCACCCGUCCACAGAAUCAACAAAAAAACCAACGACGAGUUUGACUAUCCUAUGACGUGUUUGAGUAAAGUAAUUUGUUUGAGGGACGGGAAGAUCGUUGGAAUGCAUUUUGUGGGCCCGAAUGCGGGUGAGAUUAUGCAGGGGUUUUCAGUCCUCUUUACGCUCAAUGCGAAGAAAAGUGACUUGGAUAAGACCGUCGGAAUUCAUCCAACUGACGCUGAAAGCUUCGUUAACCUCACCGUUACCAAGGCCAGCGGCGACUCCUGGGUCGCCACCGGCGGCUGCGCCGGCGGUAAAUGCGGCUAAACCCUCUCCAUCAGUUAGUGUUACACUGGGUGUAAUAUGGUGUAUCCUCC